AUGGAGCUUGUGGUGCCAAAGGGCUUUGGAACCGCUGCUUUAGUCCUCAUAGCAGUAACCCUAGCAGUAGAGGCGCUCGCCUGUGUGCUUCCUCUGGUGGACCAUGAGGUGCGUGAGUACACACAGUGGGUGCAGCGGAAUGGCCGCUCACGGAUGUGGACGUGCUGGUGCCUGGCCAGGUCAACGCGGUGGCUGAAGCUACAGUUACACUGCAGGCCCAGGAAGGAGUUGGUGAUGCGUCAGGUCCGAACUCCAUCUCAUAGGCUGAUAGCACUGCGCGCCUUGGAAGGGCUUCCCUGCACUGUGACAUCACCGGUGGCAGUUGAAGUUGGAGCGUGUCAUCCUUUAUUCCGUCCUUCCAAAUAUUCUUGGAGUUUUCUUUAGGCCAACCGCAGCACAGAGGAGCGCUUCCUCCUGCUGGGAUUCUCUGAUUGGCCCUCCCUGCAGCCAGUCCUGUUCGCCCUUGUGCUCCUCUGCUACCUGCUCACUCUAACUGGCAACUGUGCGCUAGUGCUGCUGGUCAUGCGCGACCCGCGUCUGCACACGCCCAUGUACUACUUCCUUUGCCACCUGGCCCUGGUAGAUGCCGGCUUCACCACCAGCGUGGUACCCCCACUGCUGACCAACCUGCGGGGAUCCGCGCUCAGGCUGCCCCGCGGCGGCUGCAUGGCGCAGCUGUGCGCGUCGCUGGCCCUGGGAUCUUCUGAGUGCGUCCUGCUGGCGGUGAUGGCGCUGGACCGCGCGGCCGCCGUGUGCCACCCGCUGCGCUACGCGGGUCUCGCCUCGCCUCGCCUCUGCCGCGCGCUGGCCGGCACCUCCUGGCUCGGCGGUCUCACCAACUCCGCUGCCCAAACCGCGCUCUUGGCCGCGAGGCCGCUCUGCGCGCCCCUCCAGCUGGACCACUUCAUCUGCGAGCUCCCCGCGCUGCUCAAGCUGGCCUGCAGCGGCGGCAGAGACACCAUCGAGCGCCAGAUGUUUGCCGCCCGCGUGGUUAUACUGCUGGUGCCAUCCAUCGUCAUCCUGGCCUCCUAUGGCGCUGUGGUCCACGCCAUAUGGAGCAUGCGGUCCAGCGGAGGCCGGAGGAAAGCUGUGGGUACAUGUGGCUCCCACCUGACAGCCGUCUGUCUGUUCUAUGGUUCUGCUAUCUAUACCUACCUGCAGCCCACGCACAGCUACAACCAGGGGCGGGGCAAAUUCGUGUCGCUCUUCUACACUGUGGUCACCCCUGCCCUCCUCAACCCGCUCAUCUACACUCUCCGGAAUAAGGAAGUGAAGGAGGCAGCCAGGAGGCUCCUGGGGAGUCUGGGGAGAACUCAAGCCAGGCACUGA